AUGGCGCCGAUCCUCACCACCAACCCCACAGUGACACUCACCCCAGAGCCGCUUACACCGGCGAACUUCGCCCAAUUCGGCACAGCAGUGGUCUCCCCCCUACCGCGAGAAUUGAAUGUCGCCACAGCGCCGUCUUCCCUCCCAUCGCACAAUCCGACCCCAGUCCUAGCAAAUCAAAACUCCGCUUUGAAGUACAGUCCCAUCUCCCCGCUCCUCGACCGAUACAAUGGCAGUCCAAGCGGGCAGCCCUCCGAAGCACGCAUGACCAUGUUUUGCUGUUUCCCGCGCAAAUUACGGAGUGUCCAAUCUGGCCAAUUAGAGAAGGAGGCAUUUGAUGUUCGCAUUUUGGAGCGUCACCCAUUCACCAAUCAGACGUUCAUCCCGGUCGAUCUGUCGGCGCAUUCUAAAGUGGGAGAGGGAGAGGAAGAGCCACUAUUUUUGGUGGUUGUGGCACCUACGUUGAAGGGCCAAACUGCGACGGCCAAAAAUGAGAAGGGAGAGACAGUGUCCAUUCAGGAUCCUCCCGACUUGAAGAACGUCAAGGCAUUCGUUGCGCGCGGCGGCCAGGCCGUGACGUAUGGGGUAGGGACUUGGCAUGCGCCCAUGGUUGUUUUGGGCAAGAGACGGGUCGAUUUUGUUGUUGUGCAAUUUGUCAACGGGAUCGGUGAAGAGGAUUGUCAAGAGGUCGCUUUUGGGGAAGGUGUUGUGGUUGAUCUUGGUAAGAAAGGGCAGCUUGGUCGGGUUGAGAAUCAGCCCAGGUUGUGGCCAGCUAAGCUAUGA